CUUCUGCCACCUGUCAUCGCAUCAGGAUCAGAAUGUGUCUGUCCAAGUGGAAAACAUUUUUUUUGUUUUUAAGUCUGUUCAUUGUGCAGGGUGUUAUGGCCACUGACUGUGCCUGUGAGUUGACCAGUGGAGAGAAGCCUUUCCCCAAAGACAAACUGCUGAGUAUGGAGACCUCCGCUGUGGCAUGCAAUCAGAAAAUACAGUCUGCAAAGGUGUCUGAGGAGGCUUCCCUGCGUCUGGGUCUGCAUAAGCGUCUGCUGCAGCUGCAGGAUGAGGUGUCUGUGCUGGAGCAGGAGGAUGAUGGUGGUCUGUAUGGAGCCGUGUCUCUCAGGAUCAUCGAGCUGGAGCUGGCCGAGAUACUGCAGCUCAUCAACAGGCUCAACACCACACAUAACAUGCACCUGAGUCUGAGCACGAAUGUCACUGCUACAGUGCAGCAGUUGACAGAGGAGUUGAAACAGCUUGAGGAGUUUGACCAAAUGCAGAUCAUUCAGAAGCUGGAGGAGAACAAAGGACUGCAGAGGAGUCUGGCCCAGUGCCAUGAGGAACUUCAGGCCACACCCCCUCCUCCAACCCUGCCCCCAGGAACUUGUCCACGGCGUCGUCUUGCACAGGUGAAUGGUCCGAGUACGUACACCAUUACAGAGUAUGGCACCUCUUAUUACUAUGGAUCCUGGGGCCAAGACCCACAGCCUGGUCCUGGAAGGGAGAACUGGUACUGGCUGGUAGCACUGACAAGCAGUGAUGUCUUUGCAAACUAUGUCCUCCUGUAUAGAAGCUUUAGUGCUCUAGUUGCUGGUGUAGAUUCUAUGGUUAUUUCCAUAUCCAAUGACAACCCCACCACCAACACCAUCCAGGGGCCCAAUGUGGUGAUGUACGGUGACGCCCUCUACUACGGCUGCUACAACACCCCCUCUGUCUGCCGCUUCAACGUCACGUCACGUGAGAUUACCACAGCGGCCCUGCCAGCGAAUACUGGCAUCAACAACAAGUUCCCUUUUUGCCACUUAGGGGCGUGCUACGUCUACACAGAUCUGGACCUGAUGACAGACGAUUCUGGUGUUUGGGUGGCCUACGCCUCAGAAGAGUCCUAUGGUAACGUUAUGCUAAGUCAGGUUGAGUCUGGUGAUGUCCCCAAGUUAGGACGCACGUUGAAAACCUCCCUGCACAAACGCACAGCCACCAACACCUUUAUGGCAUGUGGAGUUCUCUACGCCACUCGGUAUGUGGACAAGGAGACAGAAGAGGUAUUCUACUCCUUUGACACACGCACUGGUGUGGAACGCUAUGAUCUGGACAUCAGCUUCAAGAAGAUGCAGACUAAUAUACAGUCUCUAAAUUAUAACCCCUCUGACCACAGGCUGUAUGCUUAUGCCAAUGCAUAUGCUAUCUCCUAUGAUGUCAUUUUUGAAUGA